AUGGGGGUGGGUGGGUGGGGGUCUCAGGACUUCGGUCGGUCCCUCCCAUCUUCCACAGAGCACGUCGUCGCGCUCUGUGGCAGUCCGGGUGAGGAGGUGUCCCAGCUGCGCCGGUCCGCCGAGCCUGGCAUCCUGACACGAAGGGCUGUCUCUCCCGAGGGACCAGCGGCACCCCGCCGGGUCCCGGACGCGCAUCCUGAGGCGGGCGGCUCGCGGCCCGAGAGGCGACCGGCCGAGUCACGGGAGCGCGCGGGGCCCGCCGGCGGGGGCGCGCGCCCGGGGCAGCCGCUGAGGGAGGGAGGCGGCCGGCAUGAGGCGGACGCCGCCGCCCCUCAGCCCGCGCGCCGGGGAUCCCGGGUGGCGGCGGCGACUGCGGGCUCAGCCCUGACCGCUCCCCGCGGAAGCUCGGGGCGCCCGGAACGCGGAGGGGACGGCGCGGCGGGGUCGGCGAGCGUCAGCGGCCACCGUGCGGCCCGGCCCGGGGCCGUGAGGAAGGACGAGCGCGAGCGGGGCGCGCCAGCCAUGAGGUCCCCGCCGCCACCGCCGGGCUCGGCCGCCUCGCCCCCCGAGAGCCUGCGCAACGGCUACGUGAAGAGCUGCGUGAGCCCGCUGCGGCGGGACCCCCCGCGCGGCUUCUUGUUCCACCUCUGCCGCUUCUGCAACGUGGAGCCGCCGCGGGCCGCCCCGCUCCGCGCCCGGGCGAGCCUCUCGAGGCUCGGCGGCGCCCUGGCCGCCUUUGUCCUGGCCGCGCUGCUGGGCGCGGGGCCCGAGCGCUGGGCGGCCGGGGCGGCGGGGCUGCGGGCGCUGCUGCGCGCCUGCUCGCUCAGCCUCAGCCCGCUCUUCAGCAUCGCCUGCGCCUUCUUCUUCCUCACCUGCUUCGUGACGCGCGCGCAGCGGCGCGGCUCGGGCCGCGGCUCCCGGUGGCGGCUGCUGGCGCUGCCCGCCUGCUGCUACCUGGGCGACUUGGCGGCGUGGCGGGGGUGGUCGUGGCUGCGCGGGGAGCCCGCGGCGGCGGCGGCGGCGGAGGAAGCGGAGGAGGAGGAGGAGGCGGCGGCGGCGGGGGGCCGGCUGCUGUGCCUGGUGCUGAGCUGCGUGGGGCUGCUGGCGCUCGCGCCCCGCGUGGCCCCGCGGCACGGCGUCCCGGUGCUGCUGUUCGCCGGCCUGGUGUGGUGGGUGUCGUUCUCCGGCCUCGGGGCUCUGCCGCCCGCGCUCAGGCCUCUGCUGUCGUGCCUGGUCGGGGCAGCGGGGUGCCUGCUGGCCCUGGCUUGGGACCACUUCUUCCACGUCCCGGGCGCCGCCUCCCCUGCCCCGCGCUCGCCGAGCACGGCGGAAGAAAAAGUGCCGGUGAUCCGACCCCGGAGGAGGUCCAGCUGCGUGUCGCUGGGGGAGAGCGCCGCCGGCCACUACGGCAGUGGCAAGAUGUUCCGAAGACCGUCGUUGCCCUGCAUUUCCCGAGAACAGAUGAUUCUCUGGGACUGGGACCUGAAGCACUGGUGUAGGCCUCAUUACCAGAAUUCUGGAGGUGGAAAUGGAGUUGAUCUUUCAGUGCUGAAUGAAGCUCGCAGUAUGGUGUCAGACCUGCUGAUUGACCCCAGCCUCCCCCCGCAAGCCAUUUCUUCUCUGCGGAGUAUCAGCAGCUUGAUGGGUGCUUUCUCAGGGUCCUGCAGGCCAAAGAUUCAUCCUCUCGCACCUUUUCCUGGGUUUUAUCCCUGCUCUGAAGAGGAUCCAGUCGAGAAAGGAGAUCGGAAACUUCACAAGGGAUGGAGUAGCAGAGCCAGCUUCCCAACUGCACAGAUGAGGAGGAGCUCAGGAGCAGCGGCGUCGCUGCCUGACGAUCACUGUUCCAGGUGGGACCGCAGCAGUGGCAGGAGGCCUCACCAAGAGCUGGCUGUGUCAAGUCAUGGAUGCCACCUAAAUGGGCCUCUUAGUUCAAAUCCCCUGACAAUUCCAAAGCAGAGAUCAUCAUCUGUGUCGCUGACUCACCAUGUAGGUCUGAGAAGAGCUGGUGCUUUGCCCAGCCUGAGUCUUGUGAAUUCUCCAAGCCAUGUGCCAGUGUCUGCUGGUUCUGUAACUAAUCGAUCACCCAUAGAAUUUCCUGAUACUGCUGAUUUUCUUACUAAGCCAAGUAUUGUUUUACAUAGAUCACUGGGUAGUGUACCCAAUCCAGCAGAUUUCUGUCAAUACCUGAGAAACUCCGAUAGCAAUCUGUGUAGCAGCUGUGGACAUCAAAUACUCAGAUACGCUUCAGUGUGCGAAUCCGAUGGUGUGGACCACCACCAUGGAAGAUCAGGUGAAGAAGACAACACUGUUUUUCCAAAAGAACGAUUCAACAUUGUGGAAACUCAAGAAGAGGCAGUGAGGAGCGACUGCAGGGGGUUGCUUCCGGAAGGUGGUAAUCACCUAAUGGAAGAGGCACAGCAGCCAAAUGUUGAGCAGGAAGUGUUACUGGACCCGAUGCUAGUAGAAGAUCAUGGCUCAUUAAUAGAAAAGAUGAGCAACUGGAAUUUUCAGAUUUUUGAGCUUGUAGAAAACAUGGGAGAAAAAUCAGGAAGAAUUCUCAGUCAGGUUAUGUAUACUUUAUUUCAAGACACCGGUUUAUUGGAAACAUUUAAAAUUCCCACUCAAGAAUUUAUGAACUAUUUCCAUGCAUUAGAAAAUGGCUACCGAGACAUUCCUUAUCACAACCGUAUACAUGCCACAGAUGUCCUACAUGCUGUUUGGUAUUUGACAACACGACCAAUUCCUGGAUUACAGCAGAUCCACAAUGACCAUGAAACAGGAACUGAAGCAGAUGCAGACGGCAGACUUAGUUCUGGGCACACUGCUUAUGCCUCUUCGAAGAGCUGCCGUGUCCCAGACGCGAGCUACGGCUGCCUGUGCGCAAACAUCCCCGCGCUGGAGCUGAUGGCUCUGUAUGUGGCAGCCGCCAUGCACGACUACGACCACCCGGGGAGAACCAACGCGUUCCUAGUGGCUACGAAUGCACCUCAGGCAGUUUUAUACAACGACAGGUCUGUUCUAGAAAACCACCAUGCUGCAUCGGCUUGGAAUUUGUAUCUUUCUCGCCCAGAGUACGACUUCCUCCUUAACCUCGAUCACGUGGAAUUCAAGCGCUUUCGGUUUUUAGUCAUAGAGGCCAUCCUUGCUACAGACCUCAAAAAACAUUUUGAUUUCCUUGCUGAAUUUAAUGCCAAGGCCAAUGACGUGCAUAGUAACGGCAUAGAGUGGAGCAGUGAAAACGACCGCCUCUUAGUCUGCCAGGUGUGCAUCAAACUAGCAGAUAUCAACGGUCCAGCAAAAGCUCGGGAUCUGCACCUGAGGUGGACAGAAGGCAUCGUGAGUGAAUUUUAUGAGCAGGGGGAUGAAGAGGCAACCCUGGGUCUACCCAUUAGUCCCUUCAUGGAUCGGUCUUCUCCUCAGCUAGCAAAACUCCAGGAGUCUUUUAUCACCCACAUUGUGGGCCCCCUGUGCAACUCGUAUGAUGCUGCUGGCUUGCUGCCUGGUCAGUGGGUAGAAGCAGAAGAGGAUGAUGAUGAUACAGACAGUGGGGAUGAUAAUCAUGAUGAUGAUGAUGGUGAAGCAUUAGACUCAGAUGAUGAAGAAACAGAUGACAAUCUAAAUCCCAAACCACAAAGAAGGAAAGGCAGGCGGCAAAUAUUUUGCCAGCUAAUGCACCACCUCACUGAAAACCACAAGAUAUGGAAGGAAAUCAUAGAAGAAGAAGAAAAAUGUAAAGCCGAGGGGAGCAAACUGCAGGUGGAGAACGCCUCCUUACCUCAAGCAGAUGAGAUUCAGGUUAUUGAAGAAGCAGAUGAAGAGGAUGAGCAGAUGGUUGACUAGAAGAAAACUCCUGCCCAAGAAGCCUAGGGCUCUCUUCCUGGGUCAUUACCCAGUGCUCACUGUACUGACUCUUAACUGACCAUCCCCGUGUGGACAAGCCUUAAUACUGUGAGAGGAGUUUUGCUACCCUGGCAGUUCUCACUCCUAAGCACUUUGAUCACAAACUAGAGAAAGAUUCUUAGAGCUGGCUACAGUGACUCAUGUUGCAAAGCCCUUCCUCAAGCCC